UUGACACGUUGGACUCGCAUGCCGUAGUCUCGUACUGUACGUAGAUAAGAAAAAUAAUCUUGAAUUUUUAAAUCGCUUCUGAUUACGGAUUAUUGAAAAUAAAUUGAAAACUGAAAUUAAUUCAAAGCUUCGGUUACUUUAGUUAUUCGGGAUAGCAAGGGUUUCUCGGAUACAGCACGGUUUUGAUCAAGUACUGGGAUUUAUUAGCAAUUUUUACGUUUAUCGCAGUUUUUUGCCCUUGCAGCAGCUGUAUUCACCAACCACCACGCUGACGUGGAUCUGGGACAAGAACCUUAUACGAUCUGUUCUUGUCAGUUUUACUCCUUACUUGAUUUAUCUGUUCCUUCCUUUCGCUUAUUUGCAAAAUGGCUGAUGACAACCCAAGCAAAGCUGAUGUUGCAGCAGCGCUGAAAAGACUGCGAGGGAUUUCCAGUAAUAAGACAUGUUUUGAUUGUGGAGCAAAAAAUCCCACUUGGGCCAGCGUAACAUAUGGAAUUUUUUUAUGUAUUGACUGCUCGGCAGUUCACCGAUCUUUGGGAGUUCAUUUAUCGUUUAUCAGGAGCACGCAGUUGGAUACCAAUUGGACAUGGCUCCAGCUACGUGCUAUGCAGCUCGGGGGAAACGCACAUGCUGCGGAAUUUUUCCGACAGCAUGGGUGCACGACAACGGAUGCUCAGCAAAAAUAUAACAGUCGUGCUGCACAAUUGUACAAAGAUAAACUGCAGCAAAUGAGUAUUCAAGCCAUGAAAGUCCAUGGAUCAAAGCUCCAUUUAGAGCAUAUUGUCGACGCCAAUCCAGAAGAAUCCGCGCCCAAAUCCAAAAAAGAUGAUAAUUUCGAUUUCUUUGAAGUUCAUUCGGCAGAAAAUAUUCAAGAAGACAAUACAACGUGGCAGCAGACGAAAGAAAACAAAUCAUCCAACAAAGCGAAAAAUGGAAGUGCAAAGUUAGGCGAUGAUCUGCUUGGUCCGUCGGUUGAAGCCGCCCUGAACGAUACCGCUGGUUCCGAGCAUUCCAGCCCUAUUGGCAAACAUACACUGGGCACCCGUAAGACCGCUGGACCGAAAAAGGGUAAACUUGGCGCUCAGAAGGUUGAAGCCGAUUUCGAAGAAUUAGAGAAACAAGCUGAAGAAGCUGAAAAGCGUCGUUUGGAAUCGCUGGCUGCCCGGUCCAAGUUCGAAGUCAGCAGCGCGGAGGAUUCGAGCAAGAUAUCUGCACGCUUUGCGUACCAAGAUGUGGACGUGGACAGGAAAAAAGAGGAAGAGCGUAUAAAAAAGGCAGAUCCGAAAAAAGCUGAACAAUUAGAGCGGCUGGGGAUGGGUGUCGGCGCCAGAGGGAAGAUUAGUCAUUCCAUUUUAUCCGACAUGACCAAGAUCGAGCAGGAACGCCCAGCCGGACGCAAUGAGUUCAGAUCGUAUGGUGCUGUGGAUCGUCAGCCCAAGGAAGACGAUUGGGAAGAAAGUGGAAACUCUCGCAAUCGGGAUCGUGAGGAAUUCAAGUCGUUUGAAGAUUACAUGAACCGCAUGACGGUUAGUGAUCGGUCGACGGCAUCCGGCAAAUCCUCCUCAUACGACGAUGACUACGGCAAGAACACUUCACACACAUCUGCCAGCGACAGUAGUGCGUCACGAUACAAGAAACCCGAUACGAGCAGCGCAGCCGGUGAUGAUGCUCAGAAGAAGUUUGCUAAUGCCAAGUCAAUCUCAUCGGAUAUGUAUUUUGGCAAUGAUAAAGCCAGCGAUUGGGAGACCAAGAGUAACAAUUCGCGCUUCGAUGGGAAGAGCAGCAUUUCCAGUGCCGAAUACUUUGGCACCGGCUCGCCACAGUCCACUUCGCGUUCCUCGACGUACAGCAAUCUGAACCUGAACCUGCAGACGCCGGAUCUGACGGAAGUGAAGGAGAGCGUCAAGCAGGGCAUCACCAAGGUGGCUGGCCGGCUGUCCACCAUGGCCAGCAAUGUUAUGACCAAUAUUCAGGAACGAUAUGGUUGAUCACGGGAUUAUCUAGCAUGCUGGUUUGGAAGAAAGAGUUUAUUGUUCAUUUUUUGGUGAAAUCAAUUCCUUUUUUUUAAAUCUAAGGCAUCAUGCGGCUUGUUCAUUUGUCAGCGCGUGUGGUGGUCAUUGUCGUGGGUCAGUGGAGUGUCGAAAUGGGUUUCGUAUGCUAACCUUAGCGGCCUGCAAAGCAGUAGAGAGUGGAAUGAUUUCCUGUGUUUGGUUGGAAAGGUUGGUGAGUUCGGCGCACCAGCGUGAAAAUUAUAUUUGGAAAUUUAAUAAAAAAAGUCUGAUAACAAUGAUAUCAGUGUAGGAUAA